CAGCCCUUUGCCAGCGCGAUAGUCCAUUUUCUUACUACUCUUAGUAUCCAUCCAGAGACCAGCCGUCUACGUACAGCUGCUAAGUUCUCGUCUAUACUUAGCUCUCUCGUCUACUGCGUACGCAUAUUAGCGAUAAAGUUCUUUCUACUAGCAGAUAAGCGGGCUAAGCAAGGUGCUGCUGAGACGAGUAGCUUUCUUAAGCAGCGUGCUCGCUAUCUAGUAGAUAGCUCGUAUAGCCCAAUAAGUACUAUGCUAAGCUUACUAGCAUACGCUAAGUUUAUCGCCCUGCGUACGCCUGGCACCAUCGCUAGCAGCAUAUGGUAGUCUAUAGAUCGACAGACGUUCUAUAUCAAAGGCCGGCCUAUCGUACUACAGCAGUUCCGCAAGCUUGCGCAGGGCGUCGUCACUAAGGCAGAACGG